AUGGAGAGAAACCCAGUUCAGCUUUUGCAUCAAUAUGCUUCUCUAACUCUUAUUUUGAUGGUGAUAGUAUGCUUUUCCACAGCUGAACAACAAGUUGUUCUUUCAGGCAAGACAGACGGUGAGGCUCUUAUGAAGUUCAAGAAGAUGAUUCAGAAUGACCCAAAAGGAUUCUUAUCCAGUUGGGAGAUGAGCAAGAGUUUAUGCAGCUGGUAUGGAGUUUCAUGCGCUUUGGGGAGAGUAAUUCAGCUUGAUCUUAGCGGUUGUUCUCUACAAGGGUCAAUAUCUUUUGACCCUUUUUCUUCUCUCAACAUGUUGUCUGUUCUAAAGCUCUCUUCAAAUCAAUUUACUCUGAAUUCCACUUCUCUUCUUCAGCUUCCUUAUGGGCUUAAACAGCUUGACCUUUCUUUGGCUGGAGUUGUCGGAACUGUCCCUGAGAAUCUCUUCUCCAGGUGUCCAAAUCUUGCCUAUGUCAAUCUUGCUAUAAACAACUUGACAGGUUCUUUGCCAGAAAAUCUGUUUUUGAUUGCUGAUAAACUUGAGUCCCUAGACAUUUCUUAUAACAACUUAUCAGGGUCUACUUCUGGUUUGAAGAUAAUGGGGAAUUCCUGCAACUCUUUGGUGCUUAUCAAUCUGGCAUCGAACAGUUUGACGGGCUCGAUUUCUCCGGCCCUUUCGAACUGCUCGAAUCUGCAAAACAUCGACUUCUCAAUCAAUUACCUCACCGGGGAAAUCCCGAAAUCUUUUGGGGAGUUCAAGAGUCUGCAAAGGCUCGAUCUCUCUCAAAAUCAGAUCACGGGUUGGAUCCCUUCGGAAUUGGGAAACGCCUGCAGUUCGCUUCUCGAACUUAAGCUCUCGAAAAACAACAUUUCGGGCCCGGUUCCGACAUCCUUGUCCUCAUGUUCUUGGAUGACAAUUCUGGACCUUUCCAACAACAAUAUAUCUGGUCCUAUACCAGAUUCCUUGUUUCAGAAUCUAGGCUCUUUAGAGAGCUUGGUUUUGAGUAACAACAUCAUUUCCGGACCAUUCCCUGCUUCCAUAAAUUCUUGCAAGAGUUUGAAGGUUAUAGACUUCAGCUCCAAUAGGAUAUCUGGCUUCGUCCCAAGAGAUUUAUGUCCUGGAGCCGCCUCCCUCGAGGAACUCCGAAUGCCGGACAAUCUUAUUAUAGGAGAGAUUCCUGCGGAGUUAUCGAAAUGUUCGCAACUUAAGAGGAUUGAUUUGAGCCUGAAUUAUCUAAAUGGAUCAAUUCCUGCAGAGUUCGGGGAGCUUGAGAAUCUGGAGAAGCUAAUAGCUUGGUUCAAUGGCUUGGAGGGAAGAAUCCCACCAGAGUUGGGAAAAUGCAGGAAUCUCAAGGAUCUAAUUCUCAACAACAAUAAGAUAAGUGGUGAAAUCCCAACUGAAUUGUUCAACUGCAGCAAUCUCGAAUGGAUUUCGCUUACGAGUAAUGAAUUGAGCGGCGAAAUCCCUCGCGAGUUUGGCCUUUUGACAAGGCUGGCUGUUCUGCAGCUCGGGAAUAACAGCUUGAGUGGGGAGAUACCAGGGGAGCUAGCAAAUUGCACCAGCUUGGUUUGGUUGGACCUGAACAGCAACAAGCUCACCGGUGAAAUCCCGCCCCGACUGGGACGCCAGCUCGGUGCAAAAGCAAUAACCGGUAUCCUCUCCGGUAACACCUUGGUGUUCGUGCGCAAUGUGGGGAAUUCUUGUAGAGGAGCAGGGGGUUUGUUGGAAUUCGCUGGAAUCCGACCCGAUAGACUCUUACAAGUACCAUCAUUGAAGAGCUGUCAGUUCACAAGGUUGUACUCUGGUGCGGUACUCAGCUUGUUCACGCAGUACCAAACUCUGGAGUACCUCGAUCUCUCUUACAACCAGCUUCGCGGUAAGAUACCCGAGGAAUUCGGCGACAUGAUUGCCUUACAAGUUCUAGAAUUAGCCCACAAUCAGUUAUCCGGCGAAAUUCCUUUCUCCCUUGGAAAGCUUAAGAAUUUAGGCGUGUUUGAUGCAUCACACAACAGAUUGCAAGGCCAAAUACCGGAUUCCUUUUCCAACCUUUCAUUCUUAGUGGAAAUAGAUCUCUCCAACAAUGAGUUAACAGGGCAAAUUCCAACAAGAGGGCAGCUUAGUACGCUUCCCGCAAGCCAGUAUGCCAACAACCCGGGACUUUGCGGGGUUCCUUUGCCCGAAUGCCAAUACAACAACAACCAACCAUCCACCGCAAACCCGAGUGUGGAUGCAGGAAGAGGUGGAAGAAAGGCCUCGGCUGCAUCAUGGGCUAAUAGCAUUGUGUUGGGGAUUCUAAUCUCCAUUGCUUCCAUAUGCAUUCUGAUCGUGUGGGCGAUUGCGAUGCGGGCGAGGAGAAAGGAAGCGGAAGAAGUGAAGAUGCUCAACAGCCUGCAGGCAGCCCAUACCGCCACAACAUGGAAGAUUGAGAAAGAGAAAGAGCCUCUGAGCAUCAAUGUGGCAACUUUCCAAAGACAGCUAAGGAAACUCAAGUUCUCCCAACUCAUUGAGGCCACAAAUGGAUUCUCGGCGGCGAGCCUUAUUGGAUGCGGAGGGUUCGGAGAAGUGUUCAAGGCGACUUUGAAAGACGGGUCGAGCGUUGCAAUCAAGAAGCUUAUAAGAUUGAGCUGUCAGGGAGACCGGGAAUUCAUGGCCGAGAUGGAGACUUUGGGGAAGAUCAAGCACAAAAAUCUAGUACCUCUAUUGGGUUAUUGCAAGGUUGGUGAAGAGAGACUUCUUGUGUAUGAAUUCAUGGAAUAUGGCAGCCUUGAGGAGAUGCUCCAUGGGAGAACCAAGUCCCUGGAUAGGCGGAUUCUAUCAUGGGAAGAAAGGAAGAAGAUUGCAAGAGGUGCAGCCAAGGGACUCUGCUUCCUCCACCACAAUUGCAUCCCUCACAUCAUACAUAGAGACAUGAAGUCAAGCAAUGUGCUUCUAGACCACGAAAUGGAGGCAAGAGUCUCCGAUUUCGGAAUGGCUAGGCUGAUAAGCGCACUCGACACUCACCUAAGUGUGAGCACGCUGGCAGGUACUCCGGGCUACGUUCCCCCCGAGUACUACCAGAGCUUCAGGUGCACAGCCAAAGGAGAUGUCUACUCAUUUGGGGUCAUUCUAUUGGAAAUCCUUACCGGAAAACGCCCGACGGAUAAAGAAGAUUUCGGGGACACAAACUUGGUGGGGUGGGUGAAGAUGAAGGUGAGAGAAGGGAAACAAAUGGAAGUUAUAGACCCUGACUUGCUAUUGGUGACCAAAGGAAAUGAUGAAGCAGAAGCUGAGGAAGUUAAGGAAAUGGUGAGGUAUCUUGAGAUAACACUUCAGUGUGUUGAUGACUUCCCUUCAAAGAGGCCAAACAUGUUGCAAGUUGUGGCAAUGCUUAGAGAGUUGAUGCCUGGAUCAGCCAUUGGAAGCAGCAACAGUACUUGAGAGACAAAUGCAGCUUCAUGUUUGCUUAUAAUCAUUGUAAGAACAUAAAUAUUUUUGCAUUUUUUUUCCUACUCGUUUGUAAGUUUUGUUUCUCAUCUGUU